AUGAAGUCUGACCUUCCUGUGCAAAUAGAAAAUCUGAAAGGAAAACAAUUUGUUUUCCAAAUACAACUAAAUGACUAUAAUCUCAAAUAUGGAUGGGAAAUCUACACUGUCAAGAAGAUGUUAAUCUACGAGUACUUGCCUUAUAAAAGCUUAGACUCUUUUAUUUUUGAUGAAACAAAAAGGUCAUGUUUAGAUUGGGGAAAGCGAUUUGAGAUUAUUUGUGGAAUUGCUCGAGGGAUCUUAUAUCUUCAUCAAGACUCAAGAUUAAGAAUUAUCCAUAGAGAUUUAAAGGCCAGCAAUAUUCUACUUGACAAUACUCUGAAUCCAAAAAUUUCAGAUUUUGGUAUGGCUAGAAUUGUUGGAGGUGACCAAAUUGAAGUUAAUACAAAUCGUGUUGUUGGAACAUAUUAUAUGUCACCAGAGUAUGCAAUGCAAGGAAUAUUUUCAAUAAAAUCAGAUGUAUAUAGCUUCGGAGUGUUGCCACUAGAGAUAAUUGUUGGUAAAAAGAAUGGUACUUAUUACCAUAACGGUCCCUCUGCAUAUUUGAUUGAACAUGUUUGGGACCUAUGGAGAGAAGGAAAAGUAAUGGAAAUUGUGGAUGCAUUACUAGGUGAGACAUAUCCUGCUAAUGAAGUUUUGAAAUACAUUCAAAUCGAGCUUUUGUGUGUGCAAGAACAUGCAAGAGAUCGGCCAACCAUGUUAACAGUUGUUUUCAUGCUAGGUAAUGACACAACUCUUCCUUCUCGAAAACAACCAGCAUUUAUUUCGACAAGUGCUAACAAUAGUAGAGACAUGAUAACAUCAGAAAAUGAAAUAUCAAUUUCUGUAAUUGAUGGUCGUUAA